AUGUUGUCGAUUUUUGCUCGUCGCAUUGUGUCCAGUCUUCCCGAGUUGCGCACCAAUGUUUCGUCUUCGUCGGUGUUGACUUCGUCCGCAUUCGCGGCGACGCGUCGUACGUUCUUCACCUCGCGUCGUAUCCAGUUGCCCGCUGCUGCGUCAAAAAGCGCGUCAACCGCAGCAGCAGCGAAGAAAACGAUGAAGAAAAGCACAGCUAAGAAAGCUGCUCCAAAGAAGGUGAAAGUUACUACGAAACCAAAGUCCAAACCGAAGUCCAAACCGAAGUCAACGGCAACGUCCAAGAAGAUUGUGCCGCCCGGACCCAAGAGGGUGCCCAAGUCUGACCAGCCUCCUUCUCGUCCCCCGAAUGCCUAUCUGCUUUUCUUCUCGAGGCUCGUCCAAAGCCAGAAGGACAACAUCAAGUCUAGUACAGACACCCAGGCCGUGGCCAAGCAAGCUGCUGCUGCGUGGAAGGGCUUCACUCUCGCAGAGAAACAGCCUUUUCACGACGAGGUUGAGGUCUUGAAGAAGGAGCAUGAAGAGAAGUUACAUGACUAUUGGAAGACGGCCUCUCCUCAGAUAAAGAUUCACCGACCCCGUCAAGAGGGUGACCACAUACGCCCCAUGGGAGCUUUCUUCAGAUUCAUCCAAAAUUUCCGUCAAUCUGAUGAUGGUAGAGCUAUUCAAGCAGCCGGAGCUACUAUCACAGGUGGAGGAGCAGUCAACAUUGCUCGCGAAGCUGGCAAGCGGUGGAGGGCCAUGAGCACCUCUGAUAAAGCCCCCUAUGUGGAAGCUUCCCAGAAAGCACAUGCCGACUGGCAAGCAAGCCACCCCAACAAGAGUGCCUCUGAGAGUGCAUCAUUGUAG